AAUUUGGAUUAAGGAUUGUGAAGAGAUAUGGAAGAGAUGUUGCGUUGCCGCGAAACGCCGGUGGUUAAAGUUAAUGAUCAUGGGAAAUGAGAGAAUAGAAAGAUCAGGUUUGAUCAAGACUUCCUAGUUGUAAUCAAAGGCAAAAGCUCUGAGAAGAGGAAGGUCUAUUACGAAGAUAUAACAGGAGUUAGCUACACCUCUAACUUAAACAAUCCAGAAUUUGUCAUCCACAAUGAAAUAGGUGAUUUGAGGUUCAAAUGAGAAUAUAAUGAAAUCAAUCCUGAUGAGGACCUCUUAAUAAAGCUUCGAUAUUUGCAAGAAUUUUUGCACAACUGGGACUCUGACCAUAAUAUUCCCUUCUUCUGAGUAGAAAUGGAAGAUCUAAAACUGUACCACAACACAAAGAAAGAUUACAAAAGGUCAAAGAGUUUGAAUUUUCCAAGCAUGACCUGGAAGAUUUGAGCAGACGAUCUUGAGAGUAGAUCCGAUCUACCAAAACCUAAUUUUGAGAUACCUCACUUCAAAGCGUAUCAUACUUCGUUCUCAAGUGAAGAGUAUAGCCUGGAUGACCAAGAGACGAGCUCUAGAUCCAAAAAGUCCUUAGGCGAAAGGAGGGGAUAGCCAUCCAACUCCAAUGCUAAUAAUUUAUAAAAUAAUUUCUA